AUGCCUUCCAUUACUUCUUAUAUCCUUGCUUCGGCAGGAGUCUCGCUGGUGAAUGCACAAUUCGGCAACCACGGCUCCCCAUUCCCUAACACAACAUACCCUGGUUUUGAGUCAGAAAAUCCUUACACCAUCGAGGGCUCCAAGAGCCACCAAUGGAGUCCUCCCAAGUACCCCAGCCCUCGGGGUGAGGGUUCUGGCGACUGGAAGGAGUCCUACGCAAAGGCUCGCGCUCUUGUUUCACAAUUGACCCUCGAGGAAAAGGUCAACUUGACCAGCGGUGUUGGAACUAACCAGGGCAACUGUGUCGGUCAAACUGGUUCUGUCCCUCGUCACGGUAUCAAUGGUCUCUGUCUUCAAGACUCUCCCGUCGGAGUCCGUCUUACCGAUGGCAACUCUGUCUUCCCUGCCGGAGUCAACGUUGCCGCCACCUGGGACCGUGGUCUUGCCUACGCUCGCGGCCGUGCCAUGGGUCAGGAGCAUUACGGUAAGGGUGUUGAUAUGCAACUCGGCCCUGUUGCUGGACCUCUUGGUCGCGCGCCAGCUGGUGGCAGAAACUGGGAAGGGUUCUCUCCUGACCCUUACCUUACUGGUCUUAUGUUCGCCGAGUCGAUCAAAGGUAUUCAGAGCGCUGGCGUAAUGACCAGCGCUAAGCACUUCAUCGCUUAUGAGCAGGAGCACUUCCGCCAAUCUCAGGAGGCCAAGAACUGGGGCUUCAACGUCACCGAGAGUGUUACCGCCAACUUGGACGAUGUCACCCUCCACGAGUUGUACAUGUGGCCUUUCGCCGAUGGUAUCAGAGCUGGUGCCACAUCUAUCAUGUGCUCUUACAACCAGGUCAACGGAUCUCAGGCUUGCCAGAACAGCUACAUCCUUAACCACCUCCUGAAAAAUGAACUUGGUUUCCAAGGAUUUGUUGUUUCAGACUGGUAUGGAACACACUCCGGCGUUUCCUCCAUCCUCGCUGGUCUUGAUAUGAGCAUGCCUGGAGACCCGGUUCAGGAGUUCGGAAAUCACGGUGGUGCUAUGUUUGGCUCUAACUUGACUAUUGCUGUUGUCAACGGAACCGUCCCCCAGUGGAGACUGGACGAUGCUGCCGUCCGCAUUCUCGCCGCUUACUACUACGUCGGACGUGACAAGAACCAGGUUCCUGUUUCCUUCAACUCUUACUCUCUCGACACCUACGGCUAUUCGCACAAUGCCGUUGGUCAGGGUUACAGCUUGAUCAACCAGCACGUUGAUGUCCGUGGAGACCACACUAAGCUCAUUCGCGAGCUGGGCGCCGCCUCUACCGUCUUGCUCAAGAAUGUCAACAACGCCCUCCCUCUUACCGGAAAGGAGAAGUUCACUGCUGUUCUCGGCGAGGACGCUUUCGAGAACGUCAAUGGUCCCAACGGAUUCACCGACCGUGCUGGUGACUCUGGUACUCUCGGUAUGGCCUGGGGAUCUGGAUCUGCUAACUUCCCCUUCCUGAUCACUCCUGACACUGCCAUCCAGAACGAGGUCGUUGGACAGAACGGAGGUCUCUACCAGUCUCUUAGCAACAACUCCAACCUCGACCAGGCCUACUCUUUGGCCAAGCAGGCCGAAGUCGCUAUUGUCUUCGUCAACAGUGACAGUGGUGAAGGUUAUCUCCAGGUCGAGGAGAACUUCGGUGAUCGCAACAACCUCACCUUCUGGCAAGGUGGUGAUGAGCUCGCCCGCAACGUUUCCGCUACCUGCAACAACACCAUCCUUGUCAUCCACUCUGUCGGUCCCGUCCUCAUUGAAGAGUAUGGCAACCACCCUAAUGUUACCGCUAUUCUCUGGGCUGGUGUCCCUGGUGAGCAGUCUGGUAACUCGAUCGCCGAUAUCCUCUACGGUCGUGUCAACCCUGGCGCCAAGCUUCCUUUCACCAUGGCAUCCAAGCGUUCCGAUUACGGUACUGACGUCUUGUAUACUCCCAACGAUAAGAUCCCCCAGACCAACUUCAAGGAAGGCAUCUUCAUUGAUUACAGAGCUUUCGACAAGCAGGAGAUUGAACCCGUCUACGAGUUCGGUUUCGGUCUUUCGUACACCAACUUCACCUACAGCGGCAUCAAGGUUCAGAAGCUCAAUGUCAGCUCUUACGUCCCUACUACUGGCAUGACCCCUGCUGCGCAGACUUAUGGUAACAUCAGCAUGAACCCUGCCGACCACGUCUUCCCUGGUAACUUCUCUCGUGUUCCUCUGUACCUUUACCCCUGGAUCAACUCGACCAACCUCUCUUCCGCUGCUGGUCAGUCGCAGUAUGCUCCAUACGGCGAUGUUAGUUUUGUUCCCGAGGGCGCUGUCGAUUCUGCUCCUCAGCCUCGUCUCCCUGCGUCCGGUCCUUCUGGUGGUAACCCCGCUCUCUGGGAUGUCAUCUACCGCGUCACCACACAGAUCAAGAACGUUGGUAAGGUCGCUGGUGUCGAGGUUCCUCAGCUUUACGUCUCACUCGGUGGCCCCUACGAUGCCGUCAAGAUGCUCAGAGGUUUCGAGAGAUUGAGCAUUCAGCCCAAUCAGACUGUCACCUUCUCGGCUGACAUCAUGAGAAGAGAUAUCAUGAACUGGAGCCCUGAGGCCCAGGAUUGGUUCGUCAGCAACUACACCAAGAACGUGUACGUUGGUAGCAGUUCGAGAAACCUUCCUCUCACUGCUCAACUCGCUUAA